AUGGAGGAGGGACAGAGAGACGAAUGGGCGAUGGGGUGAAGAGAGGAGGGGUGGGGGGGGGGAUGGUACUAGGUGGUUUCAGAGGGGUGUUCCUCCUAGGAGGAGAUUUUCCUGCCCCACCCCCCCCCCCCCCCCCCCACCCUCUCCUGGGGGUUUCGGUGGUGACUGAUAGGGGUCUUUUGGAGGGGUUGACGUUGGCGCUAACGUUAUCUCAACUCUGUUUCAGGGGAAAGGGAAGGGCGGUACCUAGUGUGUCUUCCACACUUAACCCAAUCCCUCUGAAUCACACCCCUGUCAUGUGGCAAAACAGGCUGAGUAAACAUAGAUGGAGCCUGGUGAAAAUAAGUCAUCAUAACAGGAUCAUCAUAUCUCAUUUACUGUAUGGCCACCACACCUAUCACUUAUCAAAUGGGAUCUUAUUUAAAAGGGUAGAAUCAGAAUCAACUUUAUUCUCCAAGUACAUUUGCAUGGACCAGGAAUUUGACCUGGUGAAAUGGUGCGGACAAUAAAAACAAUAUACAGACAAAAUAUAGACAAAAUCAUUUUUGUGGAAUUUUCCAUAUACAAGAUAGAUACAGUAAAAACAGAACAACCACACAUAAUAAGAAAGUAUAUAAUAAACAAAUGAACAGUUGAGGAUCUACAAUAUGAAGUGUGGAAAUAUCCCAUCCACUCCACUGUAACCCAUCCACUUCAAAUUGAAGGUUCAUGAGGAUGCGAUGAUACAAAGUGCCUCUGUGAUUGCUAGCUGUCCCACUCCUUCACUGAUUCAUGUUCUCUCUCUAUCUCUCACCCCCCCUCCUCCUUCCAGCUACGCAGUGUCUGACAACUCCUACCGGUCCAUGCGGACGGAACGUAAGGACCAGUGCAUCCUCAUCUCGGGGGAGAGCGGUGCCGGCAAGACUGAGGCAUCAAAGAAGAUCCUGCAGUACUACGCCGUGACCUGUCCCGCCAGCGACCAGGUCGAGACAGUCAAGGACCGCCUGCUGCAGUCCAACCCUGUCCUAGAGGUGAAUACUGGGGGGGGGGGAAAUACCAGGUCAUCCGUUGCAUGUGCCUGGCUUGGGCCAGUCUAAAACAAGACAUCAUAUUUGUGUGUAGGUGUGUGUGCAGCCUGUCCUGGAGCGUGAGCGGGCUCUCUACUCACUGUAUUGAGCUGUGGUUGUGUUUUGGAUGGGCUGUAGUCUAGCGGAGUCCAGACAGAAGGGGAGCAGAUGUGUUAGGAUCACAGCAGAGCAGAGGGGUAUAGACCGACACACUGCCCUGUAACCUAGCCCCGUGUCUCAGCCACAGCCCAGCACACCUCCUGCCUGACUCUACUUUAACACAUCUGUCUACCCCCUCCCCUAUCUCCCUCCUAUCUCCCCCUCCUCUCACUCUUUUCUCUCUUCUUCCUUUGUGGACCUCCCCUCUUUCAUCCUCUCCUCCUCGGUCUACCUCCCUUUUCUCUCUUCUGCCUCCCUCCUGUCUCUCCCUCCUCUCUGUCUACCUCUCUUCGUCCCGAUGUGUGACCCCAGGCUUUUGGAAAUGCCAAAACGUUGCGCAACGACAACUCCAGCCGCUUCGGUAAAUACAUGGACAUCCAGUUUGACUUCAAGGUGAGUGAGUGGUCACACACACACACACACACACACACACACACUGACAGAGUAUGUUCCUGUAAGGGGGAUACCAGUACAUAAACACUACCAGUCCUUCCAUAUUAACUUGUACUGUGUGUUUAUUUUUCCACUCCUACGUUACUGUACUCUCCAUGGGGCGCGUUCGUUUCGUGGGGCGUAUACACCUGCAUGUGGUUUUGUGUCCUUGUGUGGCCCUGUGUCUGUCUCAGUAUCCCUGUAUCACCACCCUCUCCUCCUCCCCCUUUCCCCGGUUCCUUCUCUCCCGGCGGCAGGGUGCUCCAGUGGGGGGCCACAUCCUCAACUACCUGCUGGAGAAGUCGCGGGUGGUGCACCAGAACCACGGAGAGAGGAACUUCCACAUCUUCUACCAGCUGAUUGAGGGGGGUGAGGAGGACCUGCUGCGGCGCCUGGGCCUGGAGAGGAACCCCCAACAGUACCAGUACCUCGUCAAG